AUGACAACCACGUCGGACCCCAACCCGUUGACGACGCAGCGCGGCGCGGCGCCCCUGACGACCGUCUUCACGACGCCCGACUUCUGCAAGGACUUGUACUGGACAAACACCAUCACGCCGCCGCUGUCGAGCGUCGUGUGCAUGCCGACGUCGUGGCACCAGCUCUACGACUACAGCUGGGGCUACUACUCCCCGGGCAUCUGCCCGUCGGGCUACACCGAGGGCUGCGCGUUCCCGACGUCGCUGGCCACGUCCAAGGACGGCGGCAUCCGCCUCGGCGGCCCCGUCGUCGAGGGCGAGACGGCGCGGCUGUGCUGCCCGACGGGCCACACGUGCUACACCGACUCGUGGGCGUACAGCAAGUGCAUCUCGACGGUGCCGACGACGUCCUUCUACAACAGCGACAACCAGCCGACGUCGCAGCUCGCCCUGGUGUUUGCCGUGCAGGUGCGGUGGCGGGCGUCGGACCUGAGCAUCCUCGAGACGGACCCGACGGUCCCGGGGGCCACGUAUACGGGCCUGACGUCGACGGGGGCUGCAGGUAGCAGCGGAGCGACGGCCGCGUCAUCGGCAGGGACGGGAGGCGGAACCGGAACGAGAGCGAGCGGAUCGGCCGCCACGGCCACGGCCACGUCGACGGCGACGGCGGCGCCGGAGGGGUCGAGCACGGGAGGAGGGGGCAGUCAGGGCAUCUCGGUGGGCACGACGAUCGCCAUCGCCGUCGGCUCGGUCGCAGGGACGCUGGCCCUCGCCCUCCUGGCCUUCGUCCUCCUCUGGCGGCGACGGCGGCGGCGGGACGCGCAGAAGGCCGCCAGCGCCCACGCGCACGACAGCGACGCCAAGUCGGACUCCCUCGCGGCUCCGGCGCUGCUGGCGCACAAGGCGGCGUCCGGCAAGACGUCCCUGGACAUCACGUCGCCGCGGCCGGGGUCAGGAACGACGGUCGUCGGGGACGGGCCACUGCACUCGCCGCACACGCCGACGGCGACGGUUGCCGCCACGGGCGCGGGCACGGGCACGACGACGCAGCUCGACUCGACGGCGGUCAUGGAGAUGGAGACGUUGGAGAGGCCGCAGGAGCUGCCGGACGACAACGCCGUCUUCGAGAUGGAGGGCGACAUGCCGGGCCCGCCGCUGUACCGGGAGAAGGAGGGGUGGCCUCUCCGGUGGUGA